AGGGCUGCCAGGGGCUCCAAUAGCUCUGCAAAUUGCUUUCCUUUCUGCUCCUUGUGCUCUGCCUCCUAUCCCCCAAUAGAAUUUUUCUUUUUCACUGCCCCUUUUCUGUUUUUGGCUCCAGAUUGUCAUUAAGAAUGCACAUCCUAAUUCUGGUAUGUUUUGGGAUGCUCUUCUGCCCAGUGUUCUGGAAGGGCAGGGAGGCAUGGCAGUGUUUUACUUGACGUUGAUGGCGCUGUGAAGUCUGUUCUUUCCUCUGCAAGAAUUCUGACUAUGCAGAAAUUUAUCGAAGCGGAUUAUUAUGAACUAGACUGGUAUUAUGAAGAGUGCUCGGACGUUUUAUGUGCUGAAAGAGUUGGCCAGAUGACUAAGACAUAUAAUGACAUAGACGCUGUUACUCGGCUUCUUGAGGAGAAAGAACGGGAUUUAGAAUUGGCUGCUCGGAUUGGCCAGUCAUUGUUGAAGAAGAACAAGACCUUAACUGAGAGGAACGAGCUGCUGGAGGAGCAAGUGGAACACAUCAGGGAGGAGGUAUCUCAGCUACGGCACGAGCUGUCCAUGAAAGAUGAGCUGCUUCAGUUCUACACCAGUGCUGCAGAGGAGAGCGAGCCCGAGUCCGUGUGCUCAACCCCGUUAAAGAGGAAUGAGUCAUCCUCCUCAGUCCAGAAUUAUUUUCAUUUGGAUUCUCUUCAGAAGAAGCUGAAGGACCUUGAAGAGGAGAAUGUUGUACUUCGAUCCGAGGCCUGCCAGCUGAAGACAGAGACCAUCACCUACGAAGAGAAGGAGCAGCAGCUGGUCAACGACUGCGUGAAGGAGCUGAGGGAUGCCAAUGUCCAGAUUGCUAGUAUCUCAGAGGAAUUGGCCAAGAAGACUGAAGAUGCUGCCCGCCAGCAGGAAGAGAUCACACACCUGUUAUCGCAGAUAGUUGAUUUGCAGAAAAAGGCAAAAGCUUGCACAGUGGAAAAUGAAGAGCUCGUCCAGCACCUGGGGGCUGCUAAGGAUGCCCAGCGGCAGCUCACGGCCGAGCUGCGGGAGCUGGAGGACAAGUAUGCAGAGUGCAUGGAGAUGCUUCAUGAGGCACAGGAGGAGCUGAAGAACCUCCGGAACAAAACCAUGCCCAACACCACGUCCCGGCGCUACCACUCGCUGGGCCUGUUUCCCAUGGACUCCUUGGCAGCGGAAAUCGAGGGAACCAUGCGCAAGGAGCUGAAGCUGGAAGAGCCUGAGUCUCCAGAUGUCACUCACCAGAAGCGUGUCUUUGAGACCGUGAGAAACAUCAACCAGGUUGUCAAACAGAGAUCUCUGACCCCUUCCCCCAUGAACAUCCCUGGCUCCAACCAGUCUUCGGCCAUGAACUCCCUCCUGUCCAGCUGUGUCAGCACCCCCCGGUCCAGCAUCUAUGGCAGUGACAUCGGCAACGUUGUCCUCGACAACAAGACCAACAGUAUCAUCCUGGAAACAGAGGCAGCUGACUUGGGAAACGACGCGCGGAGUAAGAAGCCGGGGACCCCGGGCACCCCCGGCUCGCACGACCUGGAGACGGCGCUGAGGCGGCUGUCCCUCCGCCGGGAGAACUACCUCUCGGAGCGGAGGUUCUUCGAGGAGGAGCAGGAGAGGAAGCUGCGCGAGCUGGCGGAGAAGGGCGAGCUGCGCAGCGGCUCCGUCACGCCCACUGAGAGCAUCAUGUCCCUGGGCACGCACUCCCGCUUCUCCGAGGUCACCGGCUUCUCCGGCAUGUCCUUCAGCAGCCGCUCCUACCUGCCCGAGAAGCUCCAGAUCGUGAAGCCGCUGGAAGGUUCUGCCACUCUUCACCACUGGCAGCAGUUGGCCCAGCCUCACCUCGGGGGCAUCCUGGACCCCCGGCCUGGUGUGGUCACCAAGGGCUUCCGGACACUGGACGUUGACAUGGAUGAAGUGUACUGCCUUAACGACUUUGAAGAAGAUGACACAGGUGACCACAUUUCUCUCCUGGGCCUAGCUACCUCCACACCAGUUCAGCACCCAGAGACCUCAGGUGAGAGGUCCCGAGCACGCGUGACUGUCUCAGGCAGCAGAAGUUACCAGAGCCGGCCUCAGGCUUCCCCAGAGGAGAUGCAGGAGCCACCAGCGGCCACGGAGGAGGAGGAGGAGGAGGAGGGGUCUGGUGAGGGCACCACAAUAAGUCCUGUACACCUGGCACCUUUCCCAGAGGCAGAGUUCUGGGCCAUUCUCACCUCUGCUGCGGGCACCGUCCGUAGUGGCUCUCUGUCUGUAGCUUCCGCUCGUCUGUGUGGAUGACGAUUAAAGCAUUCCCAUUGUGCGGUUCUGUUUUUUAA